AUGUGUAAAGUGAACGAUUUCUCAAAAGCUGUUAAUCUUCCAUCUUCCAAAACCGUAUCUUCACCAUCUCCACAAUCCUCACUCUCGCUCUCUCAUCUUCUUCGUUCUCCCUCACACAUCACUGCAUCUUCAAUCUUCAUUGAAACCUCCGCUCUUCCAUUCUUACACCAACAAAAUUUCACUUAUGUCUCCACUGAUGAUUCUGACCUUGAAUCUGACUCGCUCAAGCGUCCGCUGACAGGGCCAACUUUAGAUGAAUCGCUUCUACACUUCAAUGAGCUAGAUCCAUCUUUGAAAACAUCUGAUAUCUACUUGUCCAGCACCGAUUCAAACCUACCCCUUUCUCCUGCACCAAGUCCAACUCAGGUUGCUUGGUUGUACGUGGAAAUGAUGUGGCGUACUGUUCCGUCGCUCACACAUUUUCUAUUGUGA